CUAUCAGUAGCUGGAGAAUCUCGGACUGAGUUAUUAGCUCCCGAUCACAUUAGCAUGUCUCUAUCAGGACGUCCCAACACGGUCCGGCUGGUGUUCCUCGGAGCAGCAGGGGUCGGUAAGAGCGCGCUCAUCCGCCGUUUCCUCCACGACCGCUUCGAGCACAAGUACACGCGCACAGUGGAGGAGCUUCACGUGCUGGAGUAUGACAUUCCCGGGUCAGGGAAGAUGCGACUCGAGAUCCUGGACACGAGCGGGAGCUACUCGUUCCCGGCCAUGCGCGAGCUCUGCAUACGGCACAGCGACGCCUUCGCCCUCGUGUACGCCGUGGACGACCCCGGGUCCCUCGAGGAAGUGAAACGGCUCCGCGACGAGAUUCUGGAGCUGCGGGGCGGCAAAGGCGCGGCCAUAACAGUGGUUGGCUGCAAGGCGGAUCUGACCGAGGCCGAGGGUCGCGUGCUGCUGGCGGCUGAUGUCAUGGCCACUGUGGAGGGUGAGUGGGCUGCAGACUUUGUGGAGGCGUCCGCGCGCACAGGUGGAAACACGGUGGGGGUGUUUCGCUCCCUGCUGCAACAGGUGAAAGUGCCGCACCGCCUGAGCCCCGCGGUGUGGAGGCGCAGAGACACGGAGCCCAGAACGGCAGUGAAGAGGAGACCCCCGCUGAGGAAGAACCACAGCUGUAUCCUGUCAUAGGACAUGAAUGUGAUGAGAUGAACUCUGCAGCUGGACUGCUCUGCUCCACGUGAUGCUGGUCAACACACAAACAAAUAACUGUUGUUUUAUUAUUAUUUUUCAGAUAUUGGAAUUUGAAGGGGUUGUCCUCUGAAUUAUAUGGAAUUAAAAGUGUAUUUAAGUGCUGCAGUGUUUCUUAUUUGUCACGUUUUUUGUGUAUAUUCUUACUUUUGUGUCAAUAAAACAUUUUUGUCACUGAAA